UAUUGUAACAGUAUGCGAUUGCAUAUUGUAAGCAGCAUUCGAACUCCUUGUCGAAAGAUUCUUGCCUCUGUCUAUCGUUUUUUCCCAGAUCAAAGGAUAGCCUCGUCCAGGGUAAGUACAGCAAGUACAGUCGAUCCAGCAUGAUGCGGACCAUCUUCAAAGUCAACGAGUUGCACCUCGCGGUAGCGUUUACGUUCGCGUCAUCUGUGGCUGCAGAAAAAGCGUACGUCGUUGGAAAGGGAAAAGAUGAAACUUUGCUGAUUAUGAGUAUUGUGUUCCUGUUGGUGUGUAGCUUGUUUUUUCUGAUCAGCGUCAUGAUGUCUUUGAUGUUGAUCAGACGAUCCAAGGUUACAUACGGGAUUGGAAAAGGAUAUGACCUGGAAGAGACGGAGGAGAAGUAUCAGAGCAUGUACCGGUCCAGCGAGCACGCUGAAGACAAGCCAGAGCAGCUUAAGCUCAAAGAUGUAAGCAAUGGAUUUUAUGACUCCAUAGAAGAUAUCAAGACAAGUGAGCAGCGGAACAACAAUAUGGGCAAAACUAACGCUCCGCCGGGAGCAGAAAAGGACAUCAAGGAGAGUGACAAAGACACGAAGGCUCUCAGUUCCUUCCAUAACAAGGCGUACCAAAGUACCAGCAUGCAAUCUGGCGUGGAUCUGGUGGAAAAGUGACGUCAAACCACCUUCAAAGGCUAAAGACAAAAACACAUCGUUUUGAUUAAUAAUAAAAAGUGAAACAUGCAAGAGCUGGUGAAAAAUUAAGUAACUUCUCUCAACAUUUUCAAUUUAAUUGAGGCAUUAUCAAUGUAAAUUUGUCUGUGUCCUCUGUUUAAGUCUCAAAUUCGUGGAAAUAGCCAGAUUUCACCAACAUUGCAUCUGGUCUAGCUACAGUUGGGGAUGAUCAAUUUGAAGUAAAGUUUGCUAACAAAAAUGAUCUCGUGUUUCCAAGCUUGUAUCAAUAAUUCAUUCUGUAUACUGACGACAUGCAACGUUAUGACUGAUUGCUUGGAUUACCUAAGUGACUUACUGCCUCAACUGACUUACUGACUGACUGACUGACUGACUGCCUAACCGGCUGACUGACUGACUGACUGACUGACUAGCCGACUGACUGACAGAAUAAUUGACAGAUUGAUUGACUGAAUGACUGACUGAUUGACAAGCUGGCUGACUGAAGUCUCACCAAGGUACUUUCCACCCUACGUUACAGGUUAUAGAAGAGUUAUAUAAGGGAAAACAAAAAGAUUCUCUAUGAAGUAAGAUAUGACAAGCUGAAUUUCUAGCGGGGAUUUUAAAUAUUGCAUGCUAUUGAUGGGAUAUAUUUAUCCCGCAUUAAAGCGGAUAUUUGACUCAAACGA